AUGGCGCGUCGCCGUGUCUGGGUCAAACGCUCGACAGGUUCCGCCACCUUGGUAUCGUGCCUGGAAAAUGCAAUUGUGGAUGAGCUGCGCGACCAGGUGAUAUUGAAGUUUGCCAACUCCUUAGGGAGGAGUUUCGAUUCUCCGGAUAUCGUGACGGCAAUCACGCCUCGGGAGGGCUCAGACGUACAGGCCUACCCAAAGCGCCUUCUCGGCCCGGAGGAAGUACUGUCGUCAGUACUCGACAUAUACUAUCCUGGUGGUCAGACUAUAAAAGAAGCAUUGGUUACCGACGCGCCAGUGAUCUGGACCGCUAAGCCGUCGCCGCACCGUUCGGUCUGCAAUCAUCGCCAUUCGGAGCCAGGCGAGUAUAGCGACUGCUUCCCUCAAAUACCACUUAAUAAGAACGCGCCGAGUGCACUUGUAACGGGCGUAUUAACCUCAGAAGCUGGGCCCAAUCCGUCGAUGAACUCCAUACUGACCGUUGACGACUCUCCGCUGCCAUCGCCUGUGACUAGUGGGAUUCGGCAUACCAUAGAUUCGCCGGGGAUGCUCAGCCAAGCACUUGGCGUAGUAGAUUGCGGUGUACCUACCUAUAGCCAACCUUCGCCCGCUGUUUCGGCCCCGACUAUGCCCAGGCCACUUCCAGCACCAGCAGUGUCCCCCCAAGCCAGGACGCACAUUCCUCCGGCGGAAGUCGCCACCCCACGUUCUCCCCACGAAAAAAGUCAUGACCCGUCGCCACAUGCAGCAUUUGAUGGCCUCAUCGCCGGCACUGUCCCACCAAUAAAUGUUCUCAUUGUGGAAGACAACAUUAUCAAUCAGAAGCUUCUGGAGGCGUUUAUGAAACGGCUAAACGUCCGUUGGAAGUGUGUGGCAGACGGUGAAGACGCCGUGCGAAAAUGGAGACAAGGUGGGUUUCAUUUAAUACUGAUGGACAUCCAAUUACCGAUCAUGAACGGGCUGGAUGCUACCAAAGAGGUCCGACGACUCGAGUGGCUGAAUGGAAUCGGCGUCUUACCCAAGACCGUUCCAGGCUGCUCUGUUUCAGGCAUCAACCCUACAUUUCCACCAUGGAAAGAGUCUAAACACCGGCACUUCUUAAGUGAAGAGGAUGCUUUGGCCGAUCGCUCUAUGUUUCACAGCCCGACGGUAAUCGUCGCAUUGACAGCUAGCAGCUUGCAAAGUGAUCGUCAGGAGGCACUGACUGCUGGCUGUAACGACUUCUUAACCAAGCCCGUGAGAUUCCCAUGGCUUAAGCAGAAGGUCACAGAAUGGGGCUGCAUGCAGGCACUGAUCGAUGUUGAUGGCUGGCGGAAAUGGCGCGGGUUCAUGGACUCAUCUCCCAUCAGUAGCGAGAGCGCUAGCAUUGACAACGAAGCUAGCCCCUUGCAAGUUGGAAAUAACGGGGGGAUUGUACCCCCAAUGAAAGAUGAGAAUUUUAGCACCAAGACGGAAGAGAAUCAGAUGCAACCAUGA